AUGCCUUACUCGGACAAUCUCUACUCGACGCUGGAUGAGGAGGUAGAUUACGAGCCAAUUGGUGAAACCUCGACUCAAGAUGGAUACCGGGGGUCAAGUCUUACUUCCCAGGACGCGUGGUUGAACACCGCUGCGGAUACUCACACAGACCACCACGCCGGCGACGGCGAGGAUCCACACCUCUUCUCGCCUACUGAUGGCUACUUCGGCACGGCGACUACUACUUCACCCGGGACGGUGGUGCCAGCGUCGUCCCAAGUGCCACAUGUGCCCAACGUUUUCGUCGAUGAUCCGUCUCUGCAACGGAAUCCCGCUGAGGGAAAGGCCAAGGAAGCAGAGCAAGAGAGACUUGGGAAUGACCAAGGCAUCUCUAACACAGACGAUGGGCACACUUCGGUCUAUCCGUCUCAGAGUACGGCAGCGUCCCGAAACGGAGUCUCGGCCGGAUACACCACAACGUCUACUCAGCAGAGUACCGCCCCGAGCUUGCAGUCAGGGGCCACGUACUACACGCCGUCAUCGUCUACCCACAUCCCUCGCGUUGCAUCACCAAACUCCUACACAACUUAUUCCACAUGGAGAUCUGUGCAGCGGGGCGAGCACUCCCCCUUUCUCCCGAGAGAGGCACCACCUGCUUACACACCAUCCCCGGCCUCGCCGUCUAAUCAGCAACGCUUCGGCGGUUACCGGACUUUCUCUGACGCCCGGGAUGUGACUGUCAAUAUGGGGCGCUCGGAAGACGCCCAGGGGCUUUUUUCCCACCGUCCCGAGAGUAUGCGGGAUCAUAACCCAGACGGUCUUGACGAAGAGAUUCCCACUUGGAGAGGCCGCAUCAGGAGAACCCGGCGGCAUGUCAACGGGGGAUGCUGCAAGAUCGUGCUGAUCGCUCUGGUCCUUCUUUUCGUCUCAACGGGAUUCCUCACUAGCGUCAUCAGUGGUACGAAAGAUAAUACUACACACCAGCCCCCUAGCACCAACAAACCUGAACUUGAACACGGCCAGCCCAACAUGAGCUACCCCGACAUCGAUGGCGAUAUCCGCUGGGACCCCGCCCACUUCUGCAAAGAUGCCAAGAUCGACCGCCACAAGCAAACAUACAGCGUCGACUUCGGCACCGAGAAAGACCUCAUCCUAGUAGAAAGGACCGCCCGCGACGACCACGAGCGCGGCUGGGGCCCCGUCCACGUCCAAGGCGCGGUGAUCCUGCGCCGUGCCGACCCCGACGCCGAGGCUUCCACCGUGACCGUAGAAACCGUCGUCACCGACGAGCGCCUCCGCGUCUACAGCUCCUGGGACGCGGAGGCCGGCGCACUCGAGAUCAUCGUCCCCCGCCAAGUCGAGUGGGGCCGGGACCGGCCCCGGGCCUGCGUCAACUUCAAGAUCACCGCGUGGGUGCCGGAGGCCAGCGCGCUGCGCCACCUGGUCGCCGACGUCGAGCACCUGGACAUCAAGCUCCUCGACAACCUCUCCCUCUCCGUCGCCGACGGCACCAAGCUGUCCAGCAUAGUCGGCACCAUCACAUCCGCCUCCACCGGCUCCGCCGCGCGCGACGCCAAGCUCGUCGAGGAGCAAACCACCCCACCCCCAACCCCCCAAACCUUCCACUUCAACUCCCGCAUCAUCGACGUGCGCACCACCUCCUCCCCCAUCCACGGCGCCUGGCCGCUGUACGACUACCUCGGCCUACAAUCCGUCUCAGGCAACAUCCGCACCGCCAUCCACCCACAAGACGCCGAGCCCGGCGGCACCGGGCCCAACCCGGCCGUGCUGUACAUCAAGACGCUGUCGGGGGACGUCGACUUCCGCGAGCCGAUCCACGCGGCCGAGGGCACGGUGCGCAUCGGGCGGGCGCUGGGCGGCGGGGAGGAAUGGCGGCGGGCGGCGGCGCGCGCCGAGGCCUAUCUCCCGCCGCGCGAGUACCGUGUUGAUGUGCACACGACGAGCGGGGAUAUUGCGGGUGCCGCGGCGUUUGGGGCCGCGGCGGGGUUCCGGUCGACGUCGGGGACUAUUAGUCUGGAGCUGCUGCCCGUGCUGGAUGUGAGCCAGGCGGAGCCCGGUGCGAGGCGUGUGGAGCUGUCGACGGCGAGCACCAGUGGUGCGACGGACGUUCGGGUGUUGGAGCCGCUGUGGGUGGAUGACUUGGUGAGUGCCCAGGGCGAGGGCGGGGGUGUGAGGCGGGGGUAUGUUGGGUUGGAGACGCCGGGUGCUGCUUCUCCUGCUGCUGCUGCUGGUGGUGGUGACUUACAGGAGGGGGGUGGCGGUGGGAAGGGGAAGGGGAACCCGUUGCGGUGCUUGUACGGCAUGCAUACGACCACGUCGGCCAAGAUUAAGCUGAGAUAUCCGGAGAGCUGGGAAGGGGAUAUCAGUCUGUCAACGCUCACGGGGGCACUCCAAGUCGGCGGGGAUGGGGUGAAGGUGAUCAAGGUGGGGAGUGAUUGGCCCGGUGUGAACAAAAUGGUGUUGGCGAGGAAGGGGGAGAAAGGGGAGGGGGGAAGGGUGCAGGGGAAGAGUACCAGUGGGGAUGUGGAUACCUGGGUCGGGGAGAAGUGA